AUGCCAUUAGUUACAGAUCGAUUUGCUCAGUUGAUGAUGAAUGAUAUUUUGCAUUCGCGACGAAAAGUUUUGGCAGGUAUUGUUUUGACUCGAGAUCAAGACAUGGAAAAUUGUGAGUUAAUUGCAGUCGCAACUGGUACAAAAUGUGUAUCUGGAGCUCAUAUCAGCACUUGUGGAUUUGUGGUGAAUGAUACUCAUGCAGAGAUUGUUACAAGAAGAUGCCUCAUUGAUUUCAUGUACACUCAACUUGAAAUGCACAAUUCAGAGGAAACUGCUGCACAAUCUAUAUUCAUUCGAGAUCAUCCCAGCAAAAAGUUUCAGCUCAAAGACGGUUUAAAAUUCCACCUGUACAUAAGUACAGCCCCUUGUGGGGAUGCUAGGAUAUUCAGUCCGCAUGGAGAGGUUCAUGCCGGUGCAAUGGAUAAACAUCCAAACAGACAUGCCAGAGGUCAGCUGCGAACAAAGAUUGAAUCAGGUGAAGGCCCAAUUCCCGUCAGUAACAGUGAUGGUAUUCAAACAUGGGACGGAGUGAUUCAAGGAAAUCGUCUUCUGACAAUGUCCUGCUCGGAUAAAUUGUGCAGAUGGAAUGUCGUGGGGCUUCAAGGUGCGCUCUUGUCAAAUCUUGUGGAGCCUGUAUACUUGCACAGUGUCAUUCUGGGAAGUUUACUGCAUCCUGUACAUAUGCAUAGGGCUGUUUGUGGAAGAGCAGAAACAAAUCUUAUGGGUCUCCCACACCCGUAUCGUUUGAAUAAACCUAAAUUGGCUCUUCUCACUUGCGCUGAGGCCAGAAAUCCCAUCAAGCCGCCAUCGUUUAGUGUUAAUUGGACAAAAGGAACAAAUGAAAUAGAAAUAGUGGAUUCUCUAAAUGGGAAGACUUUGACCGGAGAAAAUUCAAGAAUAUGCAAAGCAACAUUCUUCAAAAGAUACAUAAAAUUAAUGAAGUUAUUACAUCCAAAUAUGGAGAUUCCUAUUGUCUAUGCCGAUGCUAAGGCUACAGCAUCUGAUUAUCAGAUGGCCAAACAAAUGCUUAACAAAUCUUUCAAGGAAUCGGAUCUAGGUUCAUGGCUUGGAAAGCCGAUAGAACAGGAUGAAUUUGAAUUGAUAAAUGGUAAUACCGGGAGUUAAAUGUGUUUCAGGAUUAUUACUAUGUUUUUUAAACAAACUGAUGAAGAACAUUAUGUUUAAUGAAAUACAAUGUGUUGUGUAGAUUCAAGGAAAUUAUAUAUAAUUUUUAUAUGUUUACAUAUUAUUAA